AGAAUCUAGUGGACUAAAAAAUCCCGAUUUAAAGUUUAGUGGAAGUCGUUUGGCUUUAUGUUGAAGCUUCUUCAGGAUUACCUAACUUCGUUUAGUUUAGUUUCGCUCGCUAGCUAAAACACGGGAACACAUUCCGAUGUCUAAAUUUUAUUUUAAAGGGGGUCUUUUGUUUAAAAUUAGAGUGAUUACUUUUAAUUGUGUAAGACCCUUCUCGACUUGUCUUAUAAGAGCCACAAAAUACGACUGACUGAAGUCUAACGCAAUCCUGAACACGUCAAAGAGUCAAGACGUGGUAGUUGAGAUGAAAUCCAUGUCACGAAAAUGAGGGUGAGAUCAUGACAUUACUUGUUUUACUUUUUAAUUUUUAUGCAAUAACUGACUUGUUGAGGAUGGGGCAUUUACGGAUAACAAUUUUUCGAUUUUUGGUUGCUGAAAAGGAAGUGUUUCAAUAAUGUCCCCAAUUCAGUCAAAUUUAUUUGUAUAGCACAAUUCAGCGCAAGGCAAUUCAAAGAGCUUUACAUCACAUGAAGAUCCUCGGGCAGUGAUAAAAUGAUUCCUGAAAAUCACGUUAAAUCAAGUGAAAGUUAAACAGAAAAUUAAAACAGGAAAUAAAAUUUACAUAAAAACAUUAAAUCACGAAUACUUAAAAAACUAAUAACUGAAAUCAGAAAUGGGAAUAAAUCAGAAAAAGAAUAAAAAGCAAUUUCUAAAAAAAAAUUUGAAAUAUGUAGACAGUUGUGAAUAUACAGUGAUAAACAGAAGGGUUUUUAGCCCUGAUUUAAUGACCAAAUGUGAAGUACGGUUGGCCAACCAUGUUUUUGAAUAACAUCAAUGGCUAAACAACGACCUUGACAACGAAAAUGCUUUUCUUCGACAAUCUUCGGAAAUCUUCGGAAAUUACGUCACACAGAGAAAUACGAGGGAAGUCCGCCAUAGAACAGUAUUACUUCUUGCUAAGAUGCCACGGCGGUGUGUGGCGAUGUAUUGUUCUCAAUCUAAAGAAAAGUUGUAUGAGUGGCCAAAGGAUAGCAGGGCACGAAAAUGGACAUCUUUCGUUCGCACAAAGCGAAUGAAUUUCACGCCAUCAUAGAGUAGUGUUCUCUGCUACAAACACUUCAAAGAUGCCUGCUUCCUCAAUCGGUCUGCGAAUGAUCAAGGAUUUGCAAAAAAGUGUGAUUUUUGGAUAGAUGACUGAUGACUUUGUCAAAGCAGAGCUGCCAACUGUUGUGGAAUGAACAGUAGACAGCAGCGACGUGAGCCGAAAGUUAACUCGAGUCAAAACCCCGAUCGUGUUGUGGAAUGAACAAGCGACGUUAGCCGAAAGCUAACUCGUGGCAAUCCCCGAUCAUAGUUGUAUUGAGUUCAUUUUGCCUACACUUAUAAAUUCGUCAUUUUUUUUUUUUAUCCCAGGCAAUAGUAGGUGGUUUAUUUACCUGACAUGCUUCAAAUCAUAAAAAUAAUAACAACAGCCUAUAGACCCUACCCACCGACGUCACAAAACCGCGUGCUCGCUGUAUGGUUCCGCCCACUUGUCCGUCAUUUUGUCUCUGUAUUAGCAUUGGUUUCAAUUGAUCGAGGAAUUUAAAAUGCAUUUCAUGGAAGACCCGGUGCUUUCUGAUGCCGUAAACUCACUGGAUGUGUUGCAUAAAAGGCGUUAUGUGGAAAAGCUUCGUUCUAUACAGUCGCCAGAUCCAUAUUUGAUGCCCAAAUCGAUGUUUUUCGACCCACUGUCUUCGCCCUGUCUGCCUGACAUUUGCUACGCUGAUAUUUACAAUUAUCUUGUCCACACAAAAUCAGCCUAUUCUCACAAAAAUUCGAAAAACUUCAAGAGCUUGGAGGCUUAUAAAUACUUCGUUGCUGGUUGGGUGAAACAGGUCCUCGUCCACGAAAAUCGGCAGGAAUCUAUCUUGUGCUUGGAAAGUGUCCCACAGACGUCACUGUAGAAGAUCUUCAACCUGAGUGAGAAGCACAAGCCCUUCCACGUUAAACAGGAGUCUAAAAUGCAGUACAUCAAACAGGAGGCGGAGCCAGAGACCCCCAGCAUUAAAGAGGAAGAACAGGAACAUGAAAUCCCCAAGUUUCCAAUGACUGUCAGUGUUAAGAGUGAAGAAGAUGAAGGUCCAAACGAAGAGAGCAGAGCAGCGAAACCUUCAAGCGACAACUCCUUUCAGCACCUGACAACAAAAGGAGAUGAAAAAUUGCAACCGGAUGGGCUCUUAUUUUCGCUUUCGGACAGCGACAACGUAACGUCACACUCUUCUGACUUUAACACUGAUGAGGAGGAUAAUGACUUUAAUCAAAAUGAUUCAAAAUCCUUCAAUAAGUCAUCAAUGAAAAGGGACACAAAAGAAUACACGGUUGGGAAACCUUUUCCCUGCUCACAUUGUGAUCAAAGAUUUUCUUGGAAGUCUCAUUUAGAAAAUCAUAAGCGUACACACACUGGAGAAAAGCUUUUUGUCUGCACUUGCGGUAAAAGAUACGCCGAAAAGGGAAAUUUAAAGAAACACAUAAGAACACACACUGGAGUGAAGCCUUUUGCCUGCUCCUUAUGUGAGAAAAGAUUUUGUCAGAAGCAACUGUUGACAAGACACAUGGUAACACACACUGGAGAGAAGUCUUACGCCUGCUCCUUAUGUGAGAAAAGAUUUUGUCGGGAGCAUCAUUUGACAAGACACAUGCAUACACACUCUGGAGAAAAGCCUUUUGUCUGCUCUUGUUGCGGAAAAGGAUUCGCCGAGAAGGGAACUUUAAAGAAACAUGAAAGAACACACACUGGAGAGAAGCCUUUUGCCUGCUCCUUAUGUGAGAAAAGAUUUUGUGAGAAGCAAGUGUUGACAAGACACAUGCUAACACACACUGGGGAGAAGCCUUACGCCUGCUCCUUAUGUGAGAAAAGGUUUUAUCGAAACUAUGAGUUGACGAAACAUACUCGUACUACACACACUGGAGAAAAGCCUUUUCACUGAGAUUCACUGAGUAGCUAAGCUUUUCGCCUGCUCAUUCUGUGAGAAAAGGUUUUCUCAGAAGGAUCAGUUAAAAAUGCAUAUGAGAAUACACACAGGGGAAACACCUUUUUCCUGCACAGUUUGUGGUAUAAGAUUCACUGAGAGGUGACAUUUAGUAUUGCACGCAAGAAGCCACUGGGGAAUCAUCAUCAAACUGAAAAUGGUGUCUUGUUUGUAUAAUGAACUAAUACUCGCAUCGUGAUUUACAAGAAUAUGCAGGAAAACGCAUUCCCCCGCCUAUCCUGCUUUUUCACCAAUGAGCUGAGGGAACAAUGACGAUACUAAAUCCCAUCAUUUCAUUGGUCUUUGUACUGUCACUUGCAAUGCUAACAUAAGACAACGUGCAGUAAGAGUGUGGGAGAUGAGAGGUUUGAGUGAAGCUUGAGUAAAAAGCAUGUUCAAAAUAAUGCUGUUUUUUUCUGUGCACUUUAUUUUGACUAGUUGCAUUUUUGUAUUCGGUCAAGUAUAUUUGUAUUUCCACAUGAUAUUUGGAGUGAUCGUUCGCGAAAAUAUAAUUGCUGAGGGGACUUUGAAGUUUGAACACACUGUCAGAGGUAAAUAAAUUUCGCUGUAUUUAACCGCAUUUAGUCGCAUUUAUCCUCCACAUUUAUUCGCAUUUAUUCUCAGCUAUUGUUACCACACUAUCUUGUCCACAAGCAGAUUUACCUUAAGGGCAGGCAUGAAAAUCUCUCACCUUUCGGCGAAAUUCGUCGUUUUGAAGUCAAAAAGGGCGACCGACGUGAAUUGCGUAGAUCCGAGGAGAAAUUAUUUUUGGGAG